AUGCUCACAGGCCCAGACCGAAAUCCGCUCAGGAUAGAGAUACCUUCCGAUUUGGAGGAAGUGUUCGUCUGGGCUCUCUCAUCCAGCGUCGCUGGUCACGGGACAGUGCGGGCAUGGAUCCAAGUCAUCGCAGACAGUGCGAUCUAUCGAACCGAAGCGGCAUGCGAAAUUCACGGCAACGGGGGCAUUGGCUACCCGGCGAGCGCGGCCACUCAUGUACCGAGGCGGACGAUCAUAGACGGCGAGGUGGGUAUGAGCCGCACUUGUUUGAAAGGACAAUGUGCAAUAUGCGACAAUAAGCCCGAAAAUCUCAUCACAGCAGUGCAGUCUUAUUCACUGCGAAUACUGGGGCGUGACAGUGUGUGGUGGGACUGGAAGGGAGUUGCCUAUUAUGAGCUGUUGCAACCUGGCAAAACCAUGAAUUCGGCCAGUUACUGCGCACAGCUGGACCUUUUGAAUGAAGCAAUCAAGGAAAAGAGACCAGAACUUGCCAGCAAUAAGGGAAUUGUCUUUCAUCACAACAAUUCCCGGCCGCUCACAUCUUUGAUCACACGGAACAAAUUGAAAAUUUGUUCCAAGGAACUUGGUUGGGAAGUUUUUAUGCAUCCACCCCACAGCCCGGACCUUGCACCUUUUGACUGUCACCUGUUUCCAUCUCUGCGAAACUCCCUUGAUGGCAAGAAAUUGACCGACCGAAGCACCGCUGAAAAUUACUCGGCCAAUUUUUUUGCCGAUAAACCAGAGAAGUUCUACACCAAGAAAGUUAUGAAAUUACCACAUAAAUGGCAAAAGGUCAAAAAUAAUAUUGUCAAUAUGUAA